AUGGAUGUAGCUCUGAGGGGCCUUGUGCUUUGCCUCGUGACGCAGACACUUGGUCAACAAGCAAGGCUUGGAUUCUGCCCAGAUGGCGAGUGUAUCAACUGUCGGUUCUGCGAUGGAGAUUGUUUUGCUUCCUGCAGAUGCGAAACCGAGAUGAACACCUGUUGUUGUACUGCUCCCCGGGGGCACUACGCCCGCGGCUAUGAGAAGGUUCCGUGUCCAGGUGGGACCUAUCAAGACCAGACCGGCCAGAACAGCUGCAAGCCGUGCAGCUUGGACAGCAGCGUCCUCUUUGACGUGAACCAACGAGGAGCCGUUGACUUGGUUGGCUGUGAGGAGGCCAGGUUGAGAUGCUCGUCCAGCUGUAGCAACAGCACCACUUGCGAGGUCACCUGCGUGUCUUCCAUCACUGUGGAGACCAAGAUGACGUCCAACCCGGAGGAUGACGAGUUCUGCGCCCGGACGCCCCAGCGGGCUGCUCUUGGCGCACCGAGCUCAAUUCGGCUCCUGCCUGGCACACCAACGACACUUGUUCGCACAGAUCCCUUCGCCUUUGCCUCGGGCGGUCUCUUUCUACAUUUGGGCUGCAAGACAUUGGCUGCACGGCUACCCCGGCCGCUCUACGCCGUGCUGGGCGUGGCGCCGGACGCCACGGCGGCAGAGAUCAAACAGGCUUACAGGCAUUUGGCGCUGCAGCACCAUCCUGACAAAUGCAGCAGGGCCCAGAGGAUCCCAGAGGCCGAGACCGAGGCGCUCUUCGCACGCAUCGCUUUGGCCUACGAGGUAUUGGGUGAUGAACAGCGACGGAGACGCUACGACCUCUCGGGUGAGCUCCCGCACAACGAUGCAGCGGCAGGACGAUCCGCUCAAGAGACCUUCCUCGCAGCCUACAUGUCCACGGCUCCAAAGACAGCUCGUGCUGUAACCCAGGCGGACUACUCCUUGCACAGCCUGGACAACUACGAAGUCCUAGAGGCUUUGACUCAAAAGCGGGGCGAUCUUCCAUCAGUGGUGGCCCUCUCUCGCGUCGCCUAGACUCCUCUCACAGCGCUCCUCGAAGGUCACAGCCUUGCAGUCAGUCGGUCUGGACAGACUCAACUCAAACAGCGUUGCUUUGCACAUCCAACAGCUUUGAGUCUGGCAAAUUCAAUGUACAAACUCAAACAUCCGAGAACGACACCAUGCAAAUCCACUGAAGUGAAGAGCCAUACUGUCACACCAUUCAAGCGCUGCACCACAAGUGUGGCAUGCGGAUACUGCACGACAUAUUACUAAAAAUAUGUAAAACAUAAAUGAUAUGCUUUUAUAUGAUCGCCUACUUGGACUUCAACCCGGACUUAAGAAUCAAUAAUGCGGUGGAUAAUCAUUAUCAUCGGCCAGGAGGAAAGGAGGAACAAUAAGAAACAACAGCAGCCACAGCAACCGCUAUACAUCAGAAAGAGUUCCAGGAGCUUUGUAUUGCCCACAGGCAUGACCUCGAGCGCUGAUCGAGGCAGAGUUUUGGCACCUUUAACUAAGACUACGUGGCUACACGUCUUCACUUCUGGAGAAGGAGGAGUCCUCUCCUCAUUUACCCCUUGGAUCCCCUUGGAUGGGCCAGCUUAUGCCCUCGUGCUUAUGCCCUCACGUCUUCUUCAACGAUGCACAAGCUGGACACUGAGCUCAGACUGGGAUGAGUGAGCUUAGGGUCGUCGGUCUCAGUUCCCGGGGCCGUGGAGACUGCAACUGGGCUUAGCAUGAGAGGGGCAUCAUGGGGAGCCAUGGUGAGCCAUACCCGCCCAUUAACUGGGUGGGUUGGUUGUGAUGGUGGUGGUUGGGCGGUUGGUUUUGUUUGGUUUGGUUUUGUUUGGUUGGUUGGUUUGGUUGGUUGGUUGGUGCGGUUGGUUGGUGUGGUUGGUUGGUGCG